AUGGCAACCACCGAUACCACCGACUACCUCAGAUCUAACGGCAUCCUGGGGCUCAUCUCAUCUCAUCGGUUCCCCGUCCCCGUCCCCGUCCCUCUCAGACGUCCUCAUGUCCCGGCGCCGCGUCCUCUAAUUCCGGCGGCUACACGCGGGGGGUACGGCGCCCGGUAUUCUCAGAUUCCCCAGUUCGCCAGUAGUUCUGGGUCAAGGGAGCCAAAAGAUUCCGAUGGUUGCAAGCAGCUCGUGAACUUGGAUUGGAUGGAAAAUGGAGGGAUGGGGCUGCUGCGCCGGCGGGUGGUGCCUCCCACUGGAUUCGGUGCCCAGAUGCAGCAGUUCUCUUUCCCAGUCGGGAGGCAACCAUCGCAGUUCACCUUCCCAGGUGCAGACCAGUUCGACAGUGAGGAAGAUUUUUCUGCAUCGAUGCAAGGCAAUGGGCAAGGUGCCAUGGAUUCAGGGGGAUAUUACACCUUUCCAUCCAACUGGGCAAUUUUUCCAAGUCCAAUGCAUGCAAUCUAUAGAACCAAGUAUUCCUGGAAAACCUCUACUCUCACCAAUUGCAAGUAAUCUAGCAGUAUCUUGUUCAUUAGGUAAUCUCAUGUACUCAGGUCCAAAUACCUGAACAACGGCUCUGACAAUCCUUCUCAAACUUUCUAGAGCAGUACUCUCCCCAAUACGUGCAUAGUCAUCUGUAGCAUUAGCUGCUACACCAUAAGCUAUCAUCCGAAAUGCGGCAACCACCUUCUGCAAACAAGAUAGUCCUAAGGUACCGGCUGCAUUUCUCUUUUGCACAAAGUAGUCAUCAUGCUUCUCAACCUCACUCAUUAUACGAAGAAACACAUGGCGUCUCAUUCAAAACCUAUGGCACAAGGUAAAUUAAUUAGGCACACUUGGACACAUUUAGAAAUAAAU